CUCACCCAACGAGAACCAUCCGCGAAUAUUAUGUAUCUGAUUUCGCGGUAAUUUUUGCGCAAAGAUUAUAUUUUUUGCGCUUGAAAUAUAGAGUGAAUAUUUUUUCUAUGCUCCGAAAAUCUAAUAUGACUGUUUGGAACGUAAAUUGUUAAAUGUGUUCGUGAAGUGGCUUCUCGCUGAUCGACCAAUAGCGAUGCGCCAUUUGAUGCGACUAUUUCGGUUUGCGGUUAAAAUCUACAUAAGAACGCGCCUUAUAUCGCUACAUAUAUUUAAAAAAACAUUAGAAAUUGAGAAAUAUAUAUUGAACAAAAUAUUCUAUGCUUCAUGGAAAAGGAUUGUGUAAUAAACAAAGGGGAAGAAAAGGAUUAUCAUCUCAUUGUGCGCAUCUACGAUUAAUCGGAUAUUGUUUGAUCAGACGUUUUGUGACGCGCUGAUAAAUCCUGGCGUUUCGCCUCUCAUGUGGCCGGAAGAACUCCUGCGUAGCCGUAAUGAUCUUGUGCGUUUUCCGCUUGAUUCCCGGAGUAUGCACUAAAAAGGCACCAUCGAGCACAACUAGCCGAUAAUUCAGAAGACACAUCUCGAACAUCUGCACAAUUAAGGACAUCUCUUCCGUAUAGAGCGGAUCCUCGCGGGUACCGAUGAAAACCGGCUCCCACCUGUGAUGCGGAUAUUCCCUUUUGGUGAUGAUCAACGGUCGAAUCCUGCCUGGAUCGGGUCUGAUCAGCCACCUGGUCAGUCCGGGAAAUCGCUGGCAGUGCGGACAGAGGAAUCUACGAAGGACCCACAUAUAUUGUCAUCGUUGUCGGCAUUUUAUUUAAAUACAUAGUCUCGACACGGCUAUUUUGAGAAAUCUUGUUUGACAUAGUAAAAGACCGGCUCGGCAUGCGGUGAGGAGCUCGCGCUUUGUCGCCGGUGGCGGUUCAUUGGACUCUAUCUCGAAGACGGGCACGACGAAGACUACGCCGACCUUGGGCGGCCUCUGAUGUAUCAUGUCCAUGAAACCGGAAGCCAGCCGCGCGCUCGGCAGCAGCUCGAUGUCCGACACCAGCACGCAGGACGUGUUUGCCGUCGUCCUGGCCACGUUCCGGGCGACGUUGAUCGGAUACGUCAUGCUCCUCUUUCGCCUCUCGGUCUCGGCUUGUCUCCACUGAAGAUCGGAAGCGGCGCAGUCGCCUCGAGCAUCGCCUGGACUGAUCGCACUCAAAGCGGGAGGUCGACCGGCCGGAAACACCAGGUGGACGGAGACCUGCGAUCAUCGAAUCCUCAGAUUGCGAAUUCUGUAAUGUAGAAUAUAUGGAAACGGAUCGAUAGAGCAAGGAGAAAGCAUAGCUAGGGGGGAGCAGGAUGGUCCUAGAAGCGCUCAUUUCGUAUUUACGGACUCCCAAGAUGCCUAUAUCGAUGAUGGUAUGAAAACUUUGAGGGUCGAGGAAUAUAUGUUGGAUGACACACGAUGAGAUUCGUGACGUGGAAGUUGAGGGAGACCUUGUACAUGGCAGGCUCGCACCGACAGGCCCGAUCAAGCUGAGCGACAGCGAGGCCGGCGUCGAGGCCCGGCGCGAACACCGCCAGGCUGAGAGGUCCCUCCCAUCGUCUGGCCAGCUCCACGAUCCCGUAAACCUGAUCGGCGGUGGCGUGGGUGGACAGCGUGACCUGGGGCAACCCGUCUGUCGCUUCGGUGGCACCGCGCAACACGAACGGCGGCCUUGUACCUGUAAGGGCUCUUUUCACCGAUCUCGGGGCUCCAAGUGAGUCUGGACGGUGGAUAAGAAAGGACAUCCGGCAGGCCGUGAUACCACCUGCAAACACUUUCGUUCCGGGGUCGUCGACCCGCCAUGUACAUGCCUGCCGCAUAGGUGGGCGGUUUGGAGUCUUGCUGCGAAUUUGCGUGAUCACCGCUGGGCAUCGAGAUACUACCGUCGUCGUGAAAAACGAUCGUCGUCGUCGGCAAUCGAAAGUCGCGGCCGAACAGCAAACGACAGGCCACCAGGAAGGACAGCACUAACGCCGGCCAUACUAGUAGCUUGCGAGCAAGGCUGCGCAUCGCUUUCUUGUCUGAGGAUACACACAUAUAUUUUACUUAGGAUUUUUUUACAAAAUCAAGAAACAUGAUAAUAUGUAUCUCGACAAGCAAUGUGAGCGAUCAUAGGAAGCGAUACGUUUGACACAUGCAAGUAAUAAAAGCUGUAAUUGAUGAAUUGAUAACGGAGGGCUAUUCGGCUAAACUCGACACGAACCUCAGGAAUUCCUCGAUCUCGUCGUCGAUCGAGAACGAUAAUGUCGAACCUUUUGCACCUAUACGAGCUAUAUCAUACGAAUGGAACCUAUAUCUAUGGACUAAUAAAGCAUUGCACACGCGAGGACAAUGUACGCGAGGAUAAGGAAAACAAGGUCACGUGAUCGAUAAUUCAAUAAUAAGCGUAUCAUCGGAAAGAUACGCUGCUUUGAGCAAAGAAAAACAUAUUGCAUAUUCGUAAACGAUGCCAGUUGUAUACGAGGAGAAACAGUCACGACAAACUAUAGUAUGAUACGAUCAUUGAUGGAUACAGGCUCAGAUACUCAAAAUAUAUCUAUAGAUACAGAUACUUCAAAUAUAUUUCAGAUACAUGCAGACUCAGAUACUCAAAAUGUGUGUAUCUAUUAGAUGCAGAAUAUUUCAUUUUGAAUAUAUUUCAAAUCAGAAGUAUCAGCCGCAAAUGGACGUAUUGCGUGACGCAUUACAACAAUUAUUACCACGUGCUGUGGUUACGGCACACUUAUUUAGGACUCUAUGAUACACUACGAAGUCAAAUAAAUGGGCGCAUGAUCACGCUGGAUUCAUUGUACGACCACGUCUAAUCGAUGUGGAAAAUGUCCGGCAGCUCCUUGGUAAACCUGAAGAGGCGCAUCUGGGGAACACUUCGCGAGAUGAGGCGAUUCAACAAGUGCUCAGGGACGUCGCCCAGUUGAAAGGAAUCUCCUGGGAAGGUUCCGAGGAACGCUGAGGAGGACACGAUGCGUGAAAUAUAUACGAUGAUUUACAUGUGAUCGAUUGCGGGAAAGCAUGAUGAACAUGAUCGGGUUGUAGAGCUCGGUCACACGAUCUUGACCUUAACCGAUGCAAGUCCCGCUUUUUCCGCGACCGCCGGCCGUCGAGAGCGUCGCGACGCCCGUCAGUGACUCUCUGGACAUCGCGACGUUACCACGCACCCCGGCCCCGGCUUCCGUCGUGGCCGUGCCGCGAAGACGACAUGCCGUGCCCCCACGGUCCUCCGUCAUCUUCGCACCUGGGAAACGUCUGCGGCGUCACUUCUGCAGGAACCUGGUUCAUCCGCGAGUCAAGGACUCCCCUUCAUCAUCUCUAUUCAAGGAUGCACGCAUCACCGAAUUUCGCGUGAGGAUGACGGGGCAUCAUGCAAAGGACGAUGAGGAGGACGACGAUGACGAUGUCAUCUGCGGCGUCGAUAUUACGGAUACACACACACCGACCACGAUAUCCACGGAUAUCUCGCCUCGCUUGAAGAAUGGAAUGAUACCAACGAAAUGGACGAAUUCCGUAGCUAUUCAGACCGUAGAAGGAUUACCGCUACGUUUGAGAGUAUUGCCGUCUCUUAGAGACAUUGAAGAGGAUAACGAGAGUUCCUCUUCCUCGAGAUUCUGGAAAUACCUGAGAUUUUUGGGACGAUUAUCGUUCUCGCAAUUCGGUCUCUUAUGGCUACUCGUCAUGUGGAUAGUGGCAGGUGCGGCGGCGUUUUGCGCCGCGGAAGGUCCGCGCGAACGGGAACAGGUCGUGUCGUUGAAGGGCAUGCAGAAGGACCUGGUGAUCGACCUGGCGACGGAGUUGCGGCAAUUGCGUACGGAACGAGACGAGGAUGUGGAGCCAUUGUGGCGCGACAAGAUUCGUCAGUACGUGACUAAUCACGAGAAACUCCUCCUGGUCGCUGUUAGCUCUGGCUACGGCGAGGGCGGCAACAGCGGACAAUUGUGGACAUUUCCUGGUUGUGUAUUAUUCGCCAUAUCGCUAAUCACUACUUUAGGCUUCGGAGCACCCGUUCCGCGAACUACUGCCGGUCGCACGGUAGGAGUAAUUUUUGCCUUGAUCGGUAUUCCCGCACAUUUUCUUCUGAUAUUAAAUUUCGGCAUGAUGGUGGCACUUGGUUUGCAAAGAUACGCGCUUGCCAGACAAGGCGCGCAAUCAAACAACGCAGAAUGCAAUCAUUCCGUGAUGUCGAUGCCAAGAUGGGUCAAAGUCGUACCGUUUGUCUGUUCAGUUGCUUACUACAUUCUGGGAAUAUUGUGCUUCGGUAUAGCGCGCUCAAGACCGAUCGAGGCGAGUGUACUGUUUCCGUUGGACUUUACCGCGGCGGGCGGACUCUCCACCAUCGUUGGUCACGUACGGAUAUUGUAUGGUCUGUAUUUAGAAGGUGCGGUCACUAUCGCAGCGAUAGUAGUAGCCGUAUUACGGGUAUCAGCGACGCAGAGUUUCACAAAAAUCGGACUGAAAUAUGGUUUGCUGAUGGAAGCUUAAAUUCUCAUUAAAUUUAUUCAACAUUUUUUAAAGCCACUUGCAUAUUCAUCAAGCAGACAUUGCCACGUGCUCUGAUGUGUUUCAUAUUGAACUGUCGAGCUAUCGGUAAUUAAACUGCGAAAAAAAAGUAAUAAAACGAUGUAUUUUAUUUCGCAAGUCGAAAUGCUUCGUCAUCAAAUAUAUAUCGAUUUACAUCGAAAUAUAGUACGUUUUGUACAAUUUAUAUGCAUGUAGAUAACAAUUCCUAAAUGAGAAAAAAAAAAUAAAAGAAUACAUGCAGUUCCAAGUAUAUACAGAAGGAUAUAAGUAGUUGUGUGGAAUUCUUAUUUUAAAAAUAUAUAAAUAUUGUUACGAUUGAAAUGGAUAGAUUUGUAUACUUGUAUCUCCAUGUACACUUUAUUUAAAUAAGAUGUAACAAAUAAAGACAAAUUUGUACGCUACGAUACAACUGUACAACUAGAAUAUCAGAGCAACACCAGGCUGGUCUCACUUAUUCACGCUUGUAACGAAUUCAGGUCCUUAUGUUUAUUCUAUUCAACUUGAUUAAAAGUGUACACGAUAGUAAUACCUAUAUGCCCUCUACGAUUCUCAUUUGUAAUUGAUAAUGCUAGCGCGUAUGCGAUAUUUUUGUAUUUAUUACCAAUGAACAGCAGAUCUUUUAGACCUUUAUAGAUUGCUUUAGAUAUUACGCGAUUACAUCUGGGGCAUUUUCCGUCGUCGCAUUUCAGCAUUAGUGUCACUUUUGCUGUCGGCGUCUUUGGUAUUUACGGAUCUCUUUAGUGGUUUGUCUCCCGGAUGCUCGGCCUCGGAUAAUAAAGAUUGUUUUUCGUGAUUAGGCAUAUUUCCCAGUGCUAUUCGUAUAGAUUCCACCAAGUGCAGCGGACCUGAGUAACUCUCUUUUGUACCUAUGGAUAAAUAGUAGUUUGUAAUAACACAUUAUAUUUUUUGUGUUAGUAUGCCUGCUAUAGAACAUUUAAGAUCUAUCAUAGAAAGUUAAUUAAUUGCAAUAAAGAUUUCAUAAUGAUAAUUUGAAAAUUCUUAUCACAUGAAAUUUUUGCGCCAAACCAAUAGGUCCUAAAAAAUUUAUAAUUCAAAUAUACUUUGAUUGGUCUGAGAUACUGUAUAAUUGGAUAACUAAUAAAAGUACUAAUAAACAUAUUUAUAAUUCUCCACUUAAAGGAAAAAAGUUUUGAUUUUUUAACUAAAAAAUAUGAUAUAUUAUGUGAUAAAUGAAUCGUGUAAAUAAAUUAUGCUCUUUUCAGUAAUUUACUUACAAUUUGUUCUUAUCCAAAUAUAGCUUUUUUAAUUUUUCCAAGCAGACCAUCAUUUUGAUUAGUUUGAUCAUCUUGACUCGCUUGAGUUUGCACCUUUGGACCUGCUGUGCCUAGAAAAAACAUUGAAGCUACUUAUGAAGGAAACUCGAGGCAACAACAAACACGUAUUUCACAAUGAAUCAAUCAUUGUUAUACCAACUUUGAUUGUUAUCGCAAGAAUUUUCCUAUGAGAGGAAAAAUCCUUUUGUUUCAUUUUGAUAAACGUCAAUGAAACGCACUUUGUAAAACAUUUUGACGUUUUAUUCAAUUAGCAGUAGCAGGUACAAUUGGAGAAAACUCAAGCGACUGGCAAGUGUGCGUAAUGAAGAGAUGAAUUAUUGUUAUGUAAAAUGUGAUAAGGAUGUCAAACGGGUAUAUCACGAAUAUAUUCUAUUACAAACGACAAUUCACUUUU